AUGUUCAGUGUGACAGUUUUAUCAAUGGGCUUUUUUAUGAUCUAUCUAGCAGAUAAUACAACUAUGAAUUUAUCUUCAGUUAUAUUAAGUAAAACUGGAUUUGGUGAAUGGGGAUUCUACUAUGUUGCUCUAUAUUUUCUAUUUCUUGGAAUUGGAAGCAUAUUCUCUAUGCCUAUAAUACUAUUCCUUGGAGAAAAAUUGACUAUCGUGAUCUCAGCAUCAACUGUUUGCUUAUGGGUGAUUUGCUAUUCUCUGCCAGCCUACAAAAAUGACAACCCUAAUUCAGAUUAAUUUUUUGUAUAAGAAUCAUUUAUCAAAGCUUUGAUAUUUUUAACAACCUUUCUGUAUGGCUUCUUGAGUGGCCCACUUUGGGUGUGUUAAGGGUUGGUUUUAUCAAAAUAUGCUACAUAAAGCACUAAAGGAUUCUACAACUCAUUUUUCUUCUCAUUUUUCAUGGCAUCUCAAGUUUUUGGCAAUUUAAUUGCUGCUUUAGUAUUAAGUGCCUCAAAUGUCAACAGAUUAUUCCAAAUUCUUGCAGGAAUUGCACUUGUUGGAGCAAUUCUAUUUUUAUUUCUUAGGAGACCUACCAAAAUAGAAUCAUAGCAAGAACAAUAAGAUGAAAUAUAAUCAACAUAGGAUAUAAAUGAGCCACAAUUAAAUGAAGGGAGAUCAAAGAGAAAAUGUGAUUGCUCUAAAUAUUUAAAGGAAACAUAUGAAAUGAUCAUAUCUAAAAAGCUGUUAUAUGUCAUUCCAAUGAUAAUCUAUAGUGGGAUUAGUUUAGCAAUAGGAUUUGGUAUUUUUGUUUAAUUUUUAGUUUAGACUAUGGAAUCAUCCAACACUUAUUCUAACAAAGAAUCAGAUUAACUAAAGUAUGCUAUGCUAGGAAUGAUGGUUUAUGGUAUUGGCUAGGUCUCUGGAGGUAUUAUAUAGGGUUUAAUAAUUGACAAAAAAGGCUAUAAAGUUUCAGUAAUCGUUUGUGCGGUGUUAUUAAAGUAUAUUCCAUAGGAAAUACUCUCUAAUAAGAAGGAGAUCUCAGAUAAUGAUAUAAAGGAAAAGGAGAUAGAGUUUAAAAUCUCGAUUUGA